UCCCACACAUUUGCAGCAAGCAACUGAUGAUAUGUUAUUUUACGACUUUCUCGGCUGUUUAUUGAAAGGGCUGCUUUUCCCUGUAAGUCCUGCUUUCUUUCUUUAUGCUUUUUUUCUGGAUCGUUGCCUCAGUGUGUGAUGGAGGAUUGAUUCAGGACGGGGUGGAUGCCAUGUAAAACUUCACUCCCAGGACCAGUCAGUGCUCUGUUAACUAUCAGCGGUGGGAUUGGUUAGGUGCCCGGAAGGUCACGGAGGGCGUGGAGCUGAUGUAUGAGACGGCUUCAUGGGCCUGAAGGACCAUCUGGAGGAUGGGACAGGCCACAUCCUCAGCCUGGAGCUAGAUCUGGACUACCUCCAUGUGGAAGGUGCUGAGCGGCAGGGCGGCCUGAGCACUGCAACGAGUGCUGGAAAUACAGGAGUCUUGCAAGUCAGAGCCGGUGCCCCGCAUAACAGCAGUAACAGUAUUGGCAGUAGUGGCACUAGUUUUAGUACACAUUCAGGCUAUAGCAGCAGCAGUAGUUGCAGUAAUUUCUCUGAAGAGAGUGCCGUGUCCGACAGCGAAGAUGAACGACUCCAGAAUGGGACUGGGUCCGAAUCUCAAAGUUCUUAUCAAGAUCAGCCUCACCUACACCACCAAGAGUCCUCCCCAGUGUGUCAGCCAGUCAGGCUGGACCUGACACUAAACCGAUCCCUGGGAGACCCCACACAGCCAGAAACAUCACCUCCUACUGACCCCGUCACAGACUGCCGCACUAAGGUGGAGUUUGCUCUCAAACUAGGCUACUCUGAGGAGCUGGUGCUGAUGGUACUGAGGAAGCUGGGCACAGAUGCACUCAUUAAUGACAUCCUGGGAGAGCUGGUCAAACUGGGAACAAAGUCAGAGAUGGAGCAGCAAGGAGGUCCAACUGUCUCCCAGUCUCCCUCCACCUCUUUGUCAUCCUCUUCAGUCUGCUCUUCUUCCUCCUCCUUCAACGCCUCUCUGGAAUCUUGUCAGCUGCUCUGUCCAUCUCAGCUCCUGGAGGACAAAGAAAACCUUCGGCCUGUUGUGGUGGACGGAAGCAAUGUUGCUAUGAGUCAUGGAAAUAAGGAAGUCUUCUCCUGUCAAGGCAUCCAGCUGGCUGUAGAUUGGUUCCUGGAGCGAGGUCACCGUGAUAUCACUGUUUUUGUUCCUGCCUGGAGAAAGGAGCAGUCGCGACCUGAUGCUCUCAUCACAGACCAAGAGAUCCUUCGCCAGUUAGAGAAAGAGAAGAUCCUGGUCUUCACUCCAUCUCGGCGUGUGCAGGGGCGCCGCGUGGUUUGCUAUGAUGACCGCUUCAUUGUCAAACUGGCUUAUGAGUCGGAUGGCAUCAUUGUUUCUAACGACAACUACCGUGACCUAGCCAAUGAGAAGCCAGAGUGGAAGAAAUUCAUUGAUGAGCGUCUGCUGAUGUACUCCUUUGUAAAUGACAAAUUCAUGCCACCAGAUGACCCACUGGGACGCCAUGGACCCAGUCUGGAGAACUUCCUGCGGAAGAGGCCUGUUAUUCCUGAACACAGGAAACAGCCAUGUCCUUAUGGUAAGAAGUGCACAUAUGGCCAUAAGUGCAAGUUUUACCACCCGGAAAGGGGCAGCCAGCCCCAGCGUGCCGUGGCUGAUGAGCUCCGCGCCAGUGCCAAAAUUUCAUCAGUAGCCUCCAGAGGCCUGCUGGAAAGUGCCCUAAUAAUGAAGAGCCAAAGUUCUGGUCAAGGAAUGGCUGAGGGCGAGCCUGGUCAGGUCACUCCAAAGAAACGUCCAAACCCCAGCCCUCGAAGCUCUCUUACUGACCUCCUGGAGGAUAGGCUUCGGGUUCAGUCCAAAGUGGAAGGACGUAGGGGAAGCAACAGCAGCAGCAGUAGUAGCUAUAGCACCAGCUUUCUAGGACAUCCUGCUCCAGGGGGACCCCCUUCAUCAGGAAACCUGGACCGAUGGGAACACCCUGGGGGUAAUGGUGGAGGCAGUUUCAGGGUUGCUGGAGCCUCAGGACCAAGCCAGGCUGAUAUUUACCAUAGAUGCGAGUCUCCAGAGCUGGGCUACAGCUCACUUGUAAAGGCCUACUCAAGCCUCAGUCUGGUAGUGCCACAGAGUCCUGAAUGUUUUUUCCCAGCUGAUCUGCGAGCCGGAUCACUGCUGUCAGAUUGUAGCAGUGAAGGCAGUGUCAGCUCAGACUCUUUCUCCCCUGAUCCCUUGUUAGAUGAUGGCCCCAAGUGUCACCAUCACCACUACCAUCCUCAUCAUCAUCACUGCUCUGGCCAGUACACCCACCCUACAAGUCGUGUCCCACCUGGACUGGGCCAGCAUGCUCCCCAUAGCUAUCCUGUUUCUCAAGCACUGCAGAGACAGCAUGGUUUUGGCUUGGAAGACCCUUCAUCUUCUGUUACCUCUCAUGUAUCUCCACACCCUCUCAAACCCCCCCCAGCAUUCAUCACACCACACCUUCAGCAUCCACCACUGAGCAUUUUCCCCGGGGAAUUACCAGCUCGUCCACAAUGCCCACCCCAAACAUCCACUGCUCACUCCCACUCUCAGAGCUCCCCCCUUGGCUGCAAUUUGAUGGGCUCACUUUGGCAAGGAGGUGGGCUCCAGGACUCCAGAGUGUAUGAAGGGUCACCACUUAAUUCCAGAAGAAACUACUCUGGGCUAAACCAACAACCACAGCAUCAGAUAAAGUGGGACCCCCAUUACCAGCAGACCCAUAAGCCUUGCUAUGGUCUGUUUACCUUCCAGAGCCAUCCAGAAGUCCAUGAGAAGGAUCGGCACUCUCUUUGGGGCAGGCAAGCCCAUUCAUCACCCCAUGGCCUUCCAACAUCAAGUCUUCCACCACUCCCACAGCUGUCCCUUCCAUCCAUUACUUCCCACAAAAGCCACCUGCCCUCAGUGCACCAGCACCAGGAACCCCCUGCCUUGGGUCGAUACCAGGACCUUAGAGAGAGGAUGUUUGUUAACUUGUGUGGCAUCUUCCCUCCAGAUUUGGUGAGAAUGGUGAUGACCAGAAACCCCCACAUGAUGGAUGCUCAGGAGCUUGCAGCUGCAAUUUUGAUGGAGAAAUCACAGCACGGGUCUUGAAUGUAGCCAGAGGGUGAAGUUACAGCUUCAUCUUCACUGGGAUCACCUCUGCAGAAUCAUCCCCUGCAAUUACUUAAAUAUUAAAGUCAGUAACACAAACAAACCAGAAUCACAUGUUAUUAGGCUCCUUAAGCUGUUAAGCCUUAAGCUACUUAUUUCCACUGCAGGGAAAUUGUCUCAUUAAUGUUAAUGGUAUUUUUGUAAAGGGAAAUCCUAAAAUUGCCAUAUCUUUCUAUAAAUAGCUAUUUCAGCACUUAAGAUCAGGAAAGGUUGAGGUUUAAUAUGUAUUUCUAAACUUUUUUUGGUUAUAAGACACCAGGGUGCUGAGGGAGGCUUUUAAUGUGUGCCAAGGGUGACAGUGUUGUUCAUUUUAAAUUAAUUUAUUUGUUACAUUUUAAGUUAUUUACAUAUUUUAAAAUUAUUCUGUUUCUGGCACUUUUUGUUAUUGUUGUCUUAUUUCAGUUUUUUUUUUUUUUUUUUUUUUUUUUUGGCAAUCAUAUCAGGGUAAAAGUAUUGCUCAAAUUGGUACGUUCCAUCUGAGUGACAAUUUCCAGUCACUGAGAUGAAAUGGAGACUGAGAUGGAAUAUGUAAAAGAAUAUAGUCAAUCGUAAAACUUCACUGCCACAUUGUAGAUACAUUCCUGCUGUAUUUAAUGCUCAAAUUAGCUCAACGGACGGAUCAAGGGUUUCUUUCUAUUCUGACAGGUGGCAGAUCAGAUGUUGUGGUGACAUUUUGUGGAUUUCCCCUCACAGGGAAGUGAAACUCUGCGGCACCCACAAAAGAAGAUAGCAAAAACUCCACUUGAAAACCCCACGCUGUUGUUCACUGAAUUAGAGUUUAUUUCCUCUGGUACUGUAGCUCUGUCAGCUGACUUCACAGUUCAUCAACUUUCAAAACUUUUCCAAACCCACCCUCUGCUUUUAUUAUUAUUAUUUUUUUACAUUUUUAAACCAUAUAAAAUUUCUAAAUCAUAUCAAGGUGGCCACUGAGAGCAUGGUCACCAGAUGUUUAGAUGGUAUUAUGUCAGUUUUAAUUUAAAGUGUGUGUUAAUUUAUUACCUUUUAUGUGUGUGAAUAUCUGUGGUGCAUGAGACACAGGGUCUCUUUGUCAAUGGUGUCACCACUAGAGAGGACUUUGUUUCCUCACAGGUAUAAGUCUUGUACAAAUGUACCCAUUUGUUAAAUACACAGAGAUCCACAGCUUUGCGGUCUGGCAAAAGUUGGGAAACACCCUCUUAGCAUUAAAGUCUUCCCACAGAUGUUGCCAAACACUUAAUAUUAUGACAGUGGGAACAUCAAUAUAUAUAGUAUUUAGUACUACAAACAUUCCGUAUUGGCACUAAUAAUCUCAUUGGUUGAAUUAAAAUUCCAUGGUUGGGUAAAGAAAACACAUCAAGUAAAAAAAAAAAAAACUAAUCUAAUAUAGUAUUAUAAUUCAUUUCAAUAUCAGCAUUUUUAAAAACUACUUAGCUCUCUCAUUUUUGUCUGCCUUCUCCUUGAAAGUAUUUUAAAGCACUUUGAGCUGCAUUUGUUCGUAUGAAGUAAUAAUAUUGUUAUUUCUAUUAUUACCUCCACCAGUGGGAUUGUUGUAAUGUCUGAGGAAUUGUUUGUAAUGCUAAAACUCAUGCCUGGUUAGUCUGACAUCUAAUAGCCAGAUGACACCUCUCUUUGUCGAUACAAAUUGUAUCAUAUAAACUUUUUAAACAAGAUCAUUGUUUUAUAUGACAAUAUUUAAAACAAAAAAAUAUUUCGGGUUGAAUAUUUUGAGUAUUUGUGGCAAACUUUGUCACCUUUAGCCAUUAUUUAUGUGAGGGGGGGUUUUAUUCCCUUUUUUUCCAAGUGCAGGGAAAAGAAUGUCUCCAUUGCACUUUUUGGAAACAGUUAUUGCUUAUAUUGUCUGUGAACUGAAAGCAUGGUACUGUGUAGCUCAAAUAUUAUGAGGCCUCUGACACUGGUUUGGAUAGAGGUUGAGUCCACCCAAACACGCAUGUAACACUGACAGUUACCAAGGUUUAAGUGCUAUAUGUAAAGGUGUGGUUCUGGGACAUACUGAAACUUCUUAGCGUCAUACUCCACCUAAUAACAGCAUUUCCUUAGAACGUGUCUCGAGCCAAGAUAGCCUGUGAGCAUGAGAGCAGUAAAAAUAUAGUUUUAGAAUGAGCUUGGCACAAAGCAAAACUGCUGUUCAAAUUUGCGCCACAGGCUCCAAAUGUUUAAUGGCAUCUUCCUGGGAGUCCUAAACCAACAAUUUCUUCUUUAUUUUCACAAAGCCUCUGUACUAUAAUCUGUAAAACAUAAGUCUCAGGAACAAGUGACUGCUGCUGUUUCCGUCACACAGCUAAUAAGUCUGUCAGUUGGAUUAGUUUCUGACACUCUCAUGACCUCAUGCUAUGAUUUGACGGCUGAAUGAGUCAAUCAUAAUGGAGCUGCUCUCAUUCUGUUGGUCUGGCACUGUGUGCUAGUGAUUGCUACUGGGUUGAGACACUCUACAAGUUAAUUUAACAAAUAUCUAAAGGUGUUGUAUUAACAUUCCUGUGGAUAUUAAAACCAUAUUUAGUGUUUGAGGGCAAAAAAUAUUUUUCUACUGUCAUAAACUUGUUAAAGAGCUAUUUUUCUAAUUGUAUGUGAUAUUUUCUCUGCAAAAAGAAAUUGUAGUCAGUGUCACUGUUGCUGGAUAAGGGAAUGCACACAUUGCUAAGUGUGCUAGUGUUGUUGUGUUUUGAUUUCUCCACAAGUGUUACUUGUCACAAUGGGCUCAGACUGAACGUGAAGCAAAUCUCUGCCUUGCUUUCUUUGUGUGUUUUAUGGUCUUUUUAUGGUAUUUUUUUUUCACCACAAACAACUAAUGGUGAGACUGUACAGAUGUUAGCUGCAUUUGUUCAUUUUUUAGCUGUGCACACACCAAAUGUGUGUAAUGUGUAAGUGUUGACUGACCUCAAACUUUCAGUUAAGAAAUUCCAGUUCUCUCUGCAAUUCGUCUGCAGUUUCUCGCCCUUGUAUGUUUGAUAAGUAAAGUUCCCUCAAACAUUUCAAAUUUUAACAUUUACUUUUUGCCCCUUCACAGUGAAAGUCUACGGAAAAUAAAAAAAUAGCUUCUUUAUGUGUAAUUGUUGCUUAUCAACCCUCGCACAUGUGGCAAAAAAGACUGCAUAAUUAGCAAGGAUAUAUUUAUAUGGGCCUCUGUCACAGCACAGGUGUUUCUUGUGAUGUUAACGAUGGCUUUGAUGCCCUGCACAACACCAGCACCUGAAACUGCAGCAGCUUCAUUAGGAUUCAAAUAUAUUUUUUGCUCCUCUGCUUUUCCUUAUGUGACAUGUCAGUAUGACCCCAGCGAAGGAGGACUUAUGACUUUCUUUAGCAAUUUAUAUGACAUCAGCCAAGCAGCACUUCAUUUUUGUGUGUACCUAUAUCUCUAAUGAUGCAGCAAGGUUGUAUAAAACUGUGGUAGCAUCUAGUAAAAGACAAAAUUUUCUUGCCCACUGCUACAUGAAUUUCUUCAUUUUAUUUUAUUUUAGGCAGAUCAUCCCAGAGCUUUUGGGCAAAUUUCACCUUCAUUUGUGUCAAGUAAAAAUAUAUCAGCUCUUUGUAAAGUUCAAUCCUAUUCUGCCAGCUAUUCCACAAUUCCUUGAAAAGCUCAUAGGAAGCGAACGGGUGGAAAUUUUUACUCUGAGGUCAACGGGUAUUCCAAAGUAAACUUUUGUUCACAUCCUCUUGCAUUCAUUCAUCCAAUUUCAGUGCCUAAAAUUUGCUUUGCAUUCAGUCUGAGCACAACUUUAAAAAUGUACAUGUGGGAUUUGUCUGGACAGAUGCUGUUUUGUAAUUUGUUGCUCAUAUGACUCAAAUGACCUUAAAUGCAGCUAUUUUAUCCAAUGGGAAACAAAUGUAAAAAUAUAAAUAAUGGCCCUAUUUAUCACAGUUUCAUUUCCACCUUUAUUUCUAAUGUGCUUUAAUACAGCUUCAUUUCUGCUAUAAAAAUGAUCUAAGUGUUGCCUCUUAAGGGACCAAAGCCAAGUAAAAGGCUGUUUCAAUUGUUUCCCCUUGCUCAGGUCAGUGGUGGUUAUAUUAAACCAAAAUUUUGAAAGAAAAAAAGAUUUGAAAGUAUUUUACCAUUGCUGCUGUUUCAUUCCAAAUGAUGGUCCAGGUUGGGGUGCCAAAAACCCAAAGCUAUCAUAUACAACUGUGCUGAUUGAUAAGGUAUAUUUAUUAAGCCCUGUCAAAUUGUGUUUCAAAAAUACAUAUUUUACUUUUUAGCAUAAUAUGCAGUACUAACAAAAGAUAUUGAAUUUGAAAGCAUUCUGUGUAAGGGAGGAGCCAAGCCCAAAUACAUGAUACAAUUUAGGAAAAAAAAAAAAAAAAAAAGACAUGAAAACAACGUCCCCAAACGAAUUUUGCCUUUAUGUCAUAAUUGUAUCUUUGUUCAUCACUUUCCUGUUAUUGUAUGAGAAUGUCAUUUUGGAGUGGGUCUCUUCAGAUGUUUAUACUGCAGGGUUGUGGAAUUUAACUGAGCUUUAGGCAAUGAAACCUAAAACAAGAGCAUGACAAAUAAACCUGUCAAAUCUACAGAAUCUUGGGAAAGCGUGGCCAAAUGAGACAUGUUGACUGUUCUUGUGUGUGAUGUAAAAGCAACCAAUAAAAGCCCUACUCUUUCAAGCUUUCAUGCAUUGUUUGGUCCUUGUGACUUUCCUUAUUGGCUCUUGAAUGUUAUUUUACUGAGAAGCUGGGGAUAUCCAGUAUGUGCAGACAGGGCACUGGUGGAAGGAGCUGUGCAUGUAGAUAAAUAAGACUAGUGCGUCAUUACAUUUUUGACUUUCCACAAGAACAUUUUGUAACAACAUGUUUCAAAAAAUGUACACAGUUACCUAGAAAAGAUAUAUUUUAUCAACUGCUAAGGUCAGGUUAUUUUUGUUAUCUGUUUCAGCUACAAAUAAAUUGAUGGCACUAUGACUUUUAGAUCAACUUAGAGUUCAAAAGUUCACAAGUGAAGUUCUAUUUGGUGAAAAAUAUUCAUUUUUAACAUUUUUAUUUGUUUGUUUUACAAAUUAAUAAUUUCUUGAUACUAAACAAUUGCCUCAGAAAUUGCAUAAUAAGAUAAUAGUUCUGCAGAUAAAUACUUCUGAACAAAAGAUUUAUUUUACAGAACAAAUAUUACUUUAGGAAUUUUUGAUAAAGUAACAUAAAUGAAUCUUUUCCCAGUGCAGAGUUACUGUAUGUUUACUGGCAUUAAUGAUGACAUGAAUGAGUCUGUUCUUGCUGGUAUUUUAAGGAUUCCUCUGCUGUAUCUGGUAGCAGUGAAGUAGCUGUGUGAGCUAAAUUAUUGAAUGAUCCAAAAUUCUGUUACAUGAACGUCUUGUCAUGUCAAAAUAAUUCAUUAUUUUGUUUCAUUGCUGUCUGGCCAAUGUCAACAGUAAGACAAUUUACCAGGAUUGCCAACUCUCGCCAACUCAGGCUCUAUCUCAUGCCCCAACACAUCUCAGUCGAAAUAAGAGAAAGCCACUUCUUUAUGAAAAUUGGAAUUAUCACCCUGCAGUUGUAUGCCUCUGCCUACCAGUCCAUUUAUAGUUAAUUAGUGUGUGAAUUCUUCAUUUAUGGCCAAAAAUAUAAUUAAUUCAUCUCCAGUGUCCAAGAGUCCAAUUGAAGGUUUAUGCGAAAUUUGAAGGGAUUCCUUUGUGGCAUUCCUGAGAUAUUGCAGUCACGAGGUGGAAAAACUUGUGUUUUAUGAGGUCAUACCUUGACCUUUGACUUCUGAACAAAUUCUAAUCAGCUAAUCUUUGAGUCCAAGUGAACUUUUGUGCUAAAUUUUAAGGGAUUCAUCUAUAGCAUUCCUGAGAUGUAACGUAGGUUAAAGAGACCUACUCUGCACACAGUUCACAGUCUGAACGUAAGGCUUCUUCCCACAUUUCAGCACAAAUAUUGGUCUAUAAACAUCACAGAGAGCACAAAAGAUAUAUUUUACUUCAGUUGAUGGAGGCAGGCAUAGACCUCACCAAAGUCACAAAAUGCUUUUCAUCGAUGUUUAGUUUUGCCUCUUUCACUUUUUUUCUACUAUUUCACAUGUGACAAAUUGAAAUGUCCAUAAAAAUACAACUUAUAACAAUUCAUAUUUUUUUUAUUGUAUUCUAGUUUAAUGAGGCUCACCAAUAAUGUCUCCUUGUGCUACUGAAUGAAAUUUGGACUUAAUGAAAACAGAUGCACUGAUGUUUUGUUUGUUGCUUACACUGUUUGCAGCCUGAAUGUAUGACACACAAUCCUGCCAGCUCUACUGGCUCCAAUCUAAGUCAGGACUCUUAAGAUCAUACUGUAGUGGCACAGUUGGAAAUAUAAAUUCAUUCUUUAUUGUGGGGCAAAAUAUAUAUUUGAACAAAUAUCUCUAUGGAUGGAGAAUGCCAGCACAGUUUGCAUUAAAAACAAGCAAAUUUAGUUUGCAUCUAUUUGCUCACAAUUCUUUGAAUGAGCAUUUACAAACUGAUAGCCAUUCAAGAAGAUAAGUUAGUUGAUGUAGCAUUAACAGAUCAAUGACACAGACAGCAGAACUGAACAGGCUAACUUUCCCUACACAAAAUGUAAUACUAGAUGGGCAGAGAAUGAGACAAAUAAGGCAUGUUUUUUUUUUUUUUUUUU